AUGCUGGUAGCAUAUAACCCACAUGGAGUCAAGAAAAUAGCAGGCACUGAAUCUGUUGCUGCAGCUUCAAGUUACCUGGUGGAGAUGGCGGCAUGUCUAGAUGCUCUGUGGUGGGCUGUGCGAGAGGGCUGGACUUCUUGGUGUGGCAUCAGACAUUCUGCGACUAGUACAAGAAGCCCAGGGACCACAAGCUCGGGAUAA